CCCAGCCAAGCAGAGGGCUGGUUUAAAUCAUCUCGGUCCAGGGAUUGAGCGAGAAGGGAGGAAAGUGAAGGCUGGCAGGUCGGCAUUGGAGAUGGGCAGCACCGUAGGACUCUGCUCCAGUCCAAGGGCUUGGGGAUGUGGCUGGAAUGUCACCCAACUCCUGUGCUUUGCUGCCAUUAGCUGGGUGCUCAUGACUCAGAUGGAAGUGGGAGCCUGGACCUACCAUUAUGGUAACAAAUCUGAUUACUCAUGGGAGCUGGCCAGAAACUUUUGCAGGUCAUUCUACACUGACCUCGUAGCAAUCCAGAACCAGGCGGAAAUUGCUUAUCUCAACAGUGUCUUACCCCACUACAAAACAUACUACUGGAUUGGGAUACGAAAGAUAAAGAAUGUCUGGACCUGGGUUGGUACCAACAAGGUCCUGACGAAGGAGGCUGAGAAUUGGGCUAACAGGGAACCCAACAAUAAAGGGAAGAACCAAGACUGUGUGGAGAUUUACAUAAAGAGGGACCGUGAUGCUGGAAGAUGGAAUGAUGAGCACUGCCAAAAGAAAAAGAAGGCGCUGUGUUACCAAGCGUCUUGUCAGCGUUCCUCCUGCAGCCAGCGUGGUGAGUGUGUGGAGACCAUCGGGAACUACACCUGUGAUUGCUACCCUGGUUUCUACGGGCCUGAGUGUGAACAAGCUGUCAAGUGUCCAGCACUGGCCACCCCGGGCAGGGGCCGAUUAAACUGCACUCACUGGCAUGGAGACUUCACGUAUAACUCUACCUGCACCUUCUCCUGUGAGAUGGGGUUUGUGCGGAAUGGAUCAGAGACACUGGAGUGCACAGCCCUGGGACAAUGGACAGGGCAUCCCCCGCUCUGUGAAGCUGUCAAGUGUCCAGUGCCGAAUUCCCCAGGCAGAGGCCUAUUAAACUGCUCUCACUGGCAUGGAGACUUCACAUAUAACUCCACCUGUGCCUUCUCUUGUGAGACGGGGUUUGUGCGGAAUGGAUCGGAGACACUGGAGUGUACGGCCCUGGGACAAUGGACAGGGCAUCCCCCGCACUGUGAAGCUGUCAAGUGCCCAGUGCUGGAUUCUCCGGGCAGGGGCAGAUUAAACUGCUCUCACUGGCAUGGAGACUUCACAUAUAACUCCACCUGCACCUUCUCCUGCGAGACGGGGUUUGUGCUGAAUGGAUCGGAGAAGCUGGAGUGCACAGCUCUGGGACAAUGGACAGAGCAAACUCCGCGCUGUGAAGCUGUUACAUGCCCAGGUUUGGCUGCCCCUGGCAGAGGCCGAUUAAACUGCACUCACUGGCAUGGAGACUUCACGUAUAACUCCACCUGCGCCUUCUCCUGUGAGACAGGAUUUGUGCUGAAUGGAUCAGAGACACUGGAGUGCACAGCCCUGGGACAAUGGAAAGGGCAAACUCCGCGCUGUGAAGCUGUCAAGUGCCCAGUGCUGGAUUCCCCGGCCAGGGGUCGAUUAAACUGCACUAACUGGCAUGGAGACUUCACGUAUAACUCCACCUGUGCCUUCUCCUGCGAGAAGGGCUUUGUGCUAAAUGGAUCGGAGACACUGGAGUGCACAGCCCUGGGACAAUGGAGAGGGCAAACCCCGCGCUGUGAAGCUGCCAAGUGCCCAGUGCUGGGUUCCCCAGACAGAGGCCAAUUAAACUGCACUCAUUGGCAUGGAGACUUCACAUAUAAUUCCACCUGUGCCUUCUCCUGUGUGAUGGGGUUUGUGCUGAAUGGAUCGGAGAAGCUAGAGUGCACGGCCCUGGGACAAUGGACAGGGCAAACCCCGCGCUGUGAAGCUGUUACAUGCCCAGGUUUGGCUGCCCCUGGCAGAGGCCGAUUAAACUGCACUCACUGGCAUGGAGACUUCACGUAUAACUCCACCUGUGCCUUCUCCUGCGAGAAGGGCUUUGUGCUAAAUGGAUCGGAGACACUGGAGUGCACAACCCUGGGACAAUGGAGAGGGCAAACCCCGCGCUGUGAAGUCAUGAGAUGCCCCAAGCUGACGGGCCUAGAACCAAUUCUUAUGAAUUGCUCCCACUCUCUGGGAUCCUUCAGCUAUGGGUCAGUGUGUCGCUUCCGCUGCACUCAGGGCUACUUCCUCAAUGGGACAAGCAGGGUGCAGUGCCAGCCUGAUGGGCACUGGUCAGACAAGAUGCCUGCCUGCCAAGGAGAGGCUGCUCCCUAUUUCAAGCAAGUCCUGCUUUAUAUAGGUGGUGGAGCUGUGGCCCUUGUGGCCCUGUUGCUGACAGGAAUGUUCAUAGCUCUCCUAAUCAAGCGUCUCAGUGACAAAGAGGAAGAAAAAAUGCUGCUGAAUCCCACCAGUAACCUGGGAGCACCUGGUGUCUUUACAAAUGCAGCGUUUGACUCCAACUUGUAAGCUAACGCAGAAGAUGCCCCCAGGAGAGAAGAUCACUGGAAGUAAAAGGACCUGAAGAUGGUACUCAUGCCUCAAUCCUUUUAGAAGCUGUUUUUAAACCUUACUCCUCAGCUCAGCUCUGCCAUCAUCUAGCCCAAGAACUCACAGUCACUGACAGUCAGGGAUUAAACUAACUCUGGUGCACUCAUCCAGUUCUGAUCUAAAA